AUGUCCGAAUCCCAAACCACAGCAGACUCGCCAGAGCCGCCUCUGCCCCUCCACACCUUUCACCCGCCUCUGAUCGUGCCCCCAUUGAAACCACCACACAGGCAAACCCUCAUCUUCCUCCACGGCCGCGGCUCCAGCGCCAGAAUCUUCGCACCACCAUUCCUCUCCGCCCCCGUGGAAUCACCAGGCGAGCCAGAAGAAGAAAGCCAAAGGCAUAUCACUACUCUCCAAUACGCCCUCCCGCACACGCGCUUCGUCUUCCCCACGGCCCCGCGCUCCCGCGCCACCGUCUACAGACGCUCCGUCAUCAACCAGUGGUACGACGGCAGCGGGGACUGGGAGGAGACGGUGCUGGGCGGCGCGGGCGAGACCGUCGCGUUCCUGCGCGGGCUCCUCGCGGAGGAGGCUGCGGUCGUGGGAGGGGCCGGCCGGGUCGUUCUCGGGGGUUUUAGUCAGGGAUGUGCCGCGGCGCUGCUGUGUCUGUUGCUCUGGGAGAGCGAGGAGCCUCUGGGGGGAGUCGUGGGGAUGUGUGGGAUGUUGCCGAUGGGCGGUGUGCUCGGCGAUGUCCUGCGCGGGGCUGAUGAUCUGGUGGGGGAGGAGGAGGAUGAUGUUUUUGCUUCGACGAGUCCCUUUGAUGACGAUGGGGAUCAAGCAUCUGCCUCGCCGGUGUUGCAGGCUUUGAAUCUGCUCAGGGAAGAGGUAGGGCUUCAGAAGCUGGGUAGAGAUUCGGAGUCCCGGUUGGAACAUAUCCCUGUGUUCCUCGGCCACGGCACUGCGGACGAGAAUGUGCCGGUUCAAUACGGUCAAGAUGCGUCGCGAGUGCUGCAGAUGAUGCAAUAUGAUGUUACAUUCAAGAGUUACCAAGGGCUUGAUCACUGGUAUUCGACGGAAAUGAUGAGCGAUGUCGUCCGGUUUCUUGGCCAGAAGGUAGCCUGCUUUGCUCGGUCUAAACAGAAUCAGGAGACAACGCAAGGCCAUUAG